AGAAGAAGCGCGAGCGACAGAGGAUGGUGCGAGAGGAGGUGGCGUAGGAAACCCUCCGCAUGAAGAGGAUGAGAGGAAAAUCGGAGGAGGUGAUGGGCAGGGAUGGAGGGGACGUCGGAGAACGUGUCUCGGGAAAGAGGCCGUCGAAGGAAGAGGGUGGGACGACAAGUAAGGAAGCGAGGAGGCCCGGCGGUUUGACCAUCCGCGAAGGACAAGCCAUGGGUGGAGGAGAUUCGGCUCAUCCAGGCGCUGCGGCAGCGAGAGAACCUUUGGGGAAAUCGAAACGGAAAGUGGCAGCUGAAGAAGGCGAUGGCCAGAAGAAACCUCGAAGGAGGAAGACUGUUGAGGUGGCGAGAGGUGGCGAACGGGCUGUCGGUGGGAAGAUCGACGAAGCGGCAGCGUUUUGGCUCGAAUACGAGCGGAAUGAUGAUGGUGAUAUCGUGGAGAAGGAGCUCCCCGUCCAACUGCUCAUCGACCCCAGGAAGGUCUUCGACAUCCCGCCUUGGGAAAAAUAUUACAACCACUGCAGUCUAAAUCUCGAAAUUGUGGACGACAUCAAGGCUGCGAUGCUGAGUCAAUUCCAAGAGAAAAAGGGGAAGAUCUGGACGAAAAAACCUUUGGUUCUGGCACCCAUAUACAAGUCGGUGACGCGUAGUCCGGAGAAAGCUGACAGGGUUCACAAAGAUGUCUUCAAGCCAGAGGAUAAGGAUAAGUACUACUAUUACCCUGUGAACGGACAACACACCGUGGCUGCUGUGAAGGAGUUGGCGGAUAAGUCAAUAUUCAAAUUGUGGAAGAUGCAGUCGUGGCCGGCGAGAGUAGUGUGGUUCUCCGACCAAGAUUUCGCGGGGUAUGUGCAGGUCAGUCUCAACGAGAACACGAGACACAAGAUGUCUAAGCAGCGAUCGCAGAAGGCCGCGUUCCAGGACAUUCGAGGGAUGGGAGAAUGAAGGAAGGCCGGUGGCCAUUCAAGGGAACCCUUCCAGCAAGGAGGCUGAAAAACAAAAGUUUUUCGAAUUC